CUCAGCUUGGUUUUUUCUCCCACGGGAAAGAGAGAAAGAGAGAAACCUUUCUUCCUCUUUGUUUCGUUGUCUUUCUGUUCGAUCUGUAAUCUCUUCGAGGAAUUCCGUGGCGUUUAUGGAUUCCGGAUGCAGAUGCUCUUCAUUCUCGUCAAUCGUCAUCUCCCAAUCGUGCGUUGCCCUUCUGAUGCUUUGCCAGCAGCCGUCCAAUCUCGCCUUCACGUCUCCAUUGACACCUUGGUUUCGAGAACUCUGGUUUAGCGUUCCCAAAUAGCAAAAGCAGCAGCUAUUCACGGGGACAAUCCAGAAAGGUCUUCUAGGAAGGAGCAUCCCUAUCGUGGCAUCUACAAGACAAAUUUUUUGGUCACUCCAAUCUUGGGAUGCAUGGGAGAAGAGAGGGACGAAACGCAUGAAACAUAACCACAAUUAUUUAGUUCAUUCAUUAUGACCAUACAUGCCAUUACCAGCUCUUCAAAUUCAAAGAUGUCGCGGGCAAGGGGAAGAUCUCCUGGUUGGGCUGCUUUUGAUCUCAAGCAGCGGCAAAAACAAGGUCUUGAACCUGAAUAUAAAACUGACCCUUACCCUCCCAUACCAAAAAAGAUAAACUCCGUGGUUCCCUCUGAAAAUUCAGUUUUAGAAAAGGGUUUAUCAAGAAGGUCUUUCUCAUCUGUACUCCAGACAUCUGUAGAUUUUUCAAUACUUGUAGAUAAGAGUGAUUCCAAAAGGGAAUUACUAAUUGGUGAUUCUAGUAGGAGGCUAAGCAAUGAAGUUGUCAAGGGGAAUAAUAUUAUUCCAGAUACUGUAAAGCUUAAAGAACUCCAUGGAUGGGCUGAUGAUAGUUUAAUUGAGGAUAUUUUAGCAGCAGUGAAUAAUGAUCUUGGGCAAGCAUCUAAUGUAUUGAAAGCCAUUGUUUCCACCAGCAGUUCUCAAGAUAAUAAGACAAUAGGACUUUCACAUGAGAGUUCUACUCUUGGAGAAAGUUUCCAUGUCUAUAAUAAAAACAAGGUAGAAGGAGGUUCUCCUAUAGAAGAGACAAUGGACCUUACCAAAUUAAGAUCUGUUCUGGAAAAUGGUAUCUGUGUCAAUAAGACAGAGCACGUAGCUGAAAAUGCUCCUUUUGAAAGUAAGUUAUCUGAUGCUGAUAAACAAAUCAAACUAAUCUCAAGGCACUUGAUGUCUGUACCUGCUGAGCCUGAGUGGGAGGAGGAGGAUGUUUACUUGAGCCACCGAAAAGAUGCUAUUAGGAUGGUUAGGUUAGCAUCUCAGCAUUCAAAGGCAUCCAGUAAUUCCUUUCUAAAAGGUGACCACUUUUCUGCUCAACAGCUCUCACUAAAGGCCCGUGAAGAAUGGAGGCUUGCUGAAGAGUUGAAUAUGAAGGUAGCUGAGGAAAUUUUAAAGAUCAGGAAUAGCCAAAAUGACAUGUGGAAGUUGGACUUACAUGGCCUGCAUGCAUCUGAAGCUGUUCAUUUCUUACAUGAGCACCUUCAGAAGAUUGAAACUCAGAUGCCUUUAAAACGUUCACUAUCACCCAAGAGGGUCAAGCCAGAAAAAGGGAUAAUGCGGUCCCCAUCUCUCGAGUCUGUUAACUGUAUGGGCAUGGAGUGGCAGGUGGACAAACAUCAGGCUUUAUCUAGCCACAGACAGACAGUGUUACAGGUUAUAACUGGGACAGGUAAUCAUAGCCGAGGACAAGCAGCACUCCCUGCAGCAGUGAGAAGUUUCCUCAUUGAGAAUGGAUACCGUUUUGACGAGACACGGCCUGGGGUAAUUGCAGCAAGGCCCAAGUUCCGUCAUGGGUAAAGUGCUGAAAUAUGCAAUUCACCAUGAGUUACGUUGCUUUGUUGUAAAGUUAAAUCUUUUAAGUGUUUGUGUUGCAACGUUGUGCUCCAAAUCAAUGUCUAAUUAAUCUGGUUAUGUAAUUCUGAAAUUAAUUCCAAUAUUUAA